CGUGGAAAAUAUAGCACGGGAUAAGUACAGAAGUGAGAGAGCUACCACAACAACACUACCAGCAGGUGCCAUGUUGUGUUUGAUGUGUAGGUGAGGAGCGCUGGAGCUUUGGUAAUGUAGUUCCCGUGUUCCUACUCCCCAUCGUGAACUGAACUACCAGUCAAAAUGCAAACGACUACAACUCCCAACCAAUCACGCACAAAUCCAGGAAGUCAGGUUUUUCAAGCCGGUUUCUAUAUCGUUACCAACAUAAAACAGAAUGGCAAAGCGGUUUACAUGUGUUGAAUGCAAUAAGGACGCGCACGAGCUUCACAGAGAUUACAAAAAUGGGAUCUUGAAGAUAACCAUAUGUGGAUCCUGCCAAAAGCCUGUAGACAAGUAUAUUGAAUAUGAUCCAGUCAUUAUUCUGAUUGAUGCCAUUUUAUGCAAAACUCAAGCAUUCAGACACAUUCUGUUCAACACUACAUUGAACAUUCACUGGAAGCUGUGUGUGUUUUGCCUGCUGUGUGAGGCCUACCUGAGGUGGUCACAACUUCAGGGAUCUGAACAGAGCAAUGACCCUGCAGACAUCAUUAGAUACACCAAGGAAUGGGAUUUCUAUGGCAUGUUUGGGGUGGCAGCUCUUGAAUUGGGUGCGUUCUCUGUCGGAGUGCUGUCCUUCCUGUGGCUGGUGCAGUGGUUGCUUGGCUUUGACUUUGAACUGAGCUUACUGCUGAAAGCCCUCCUGCUGUCCAGCUAUGGCAAAGUCCUGCUCAUCCCUGCAGUCAUAUGGGAGCAUGACUACUCCCCACUCUGCUUCAGCCUCAUCAAGCUGUUUGUGCUCACGUCCAACUCUCAAGCCAUAAGAGUCAUUCUAAACUGCAGCAGAAGGCUCUCCCUGAUGGCUGUGUGUGUGGGUCUGCUGUUAGAAACGUGCGUAGCCCAGGCGUUGCAGACGCUUCCAUGGAGCAUACAGGACUUCCUGCCGUUCCAGUGACCUGUUUCAGGCCAGUCCUGAAGAACACACUGUUACAAUGGCACCUAUUAUACCCUGGACCAGAGUGGUGAGGAGAAACUGGCAGUGCUGUGUGGAGUGUGCCUAGUGAUAUACAGUGAUUUCCAAAAGUAUUUGGGCAGUGACAGUUUUUUUUUACAACACUUUGGAUUUUAAAUUAUACAAUGACUGAUGUUAAAGGCCCAGUGCAGUGAAAAAUGAUUUUUUUCUUCAUAUUGUACAACAGCUGAUGAAACUGACACUGUAAUAAUGUAAACAAUGUUAUCAGUGUUAUUUCCUGAUUUGUUUCUGGUUGAAAAUAAAAAUCUGCACAUGACCUUCUAAAUCAGCAGGUUUGCAUGAGCGGGAGCUUUGGCUUGCCUGGUGACAUCAGCAGGUGGUAAUUGGUUAAUAAACCAACAACAAAGAAUUCCAAACAUAUCUGCCAAUAACAGCUAGUUUUCAGUUUUCUCUUCCCUACUCAGACCACUCCCAGAUAGUUCUAGCAAAAUUCCUGCUUGAUAAAUAUUUGUUUGCUAAAAAAAAACUAUUUUUGUUCAUUUUGAUGGAAAACUAAUAUAGUAAGGUACCUAAUUGUUACCCAGAAAUUAUUUGAUCUUGUUAUAAAAAAUAGUUGCAUUGGGCCUUUAAAGUUAAGACUGUCGGCUUUAAUUUGAGGCCAUAUUCAUUCAUAUCAGUUGAACCGUUCAGAAAUUGCAUAACUUUUUGUACAUUGUGCCCCCAUUUUAGGAAACCAAAAGUAUUUGGACAAAUUCACUUAUGUGUAUUAAGGUAUUCAAAACUUUAGUAGUUGUUCCCAUAUUCCUAGCAUGAAAUGACUACAUCAAGCUUGUGACUCUACCAACUUGUUGGAUACAUUUGCAGUUUGUUUUGGUUGUGUUUCAGAUUAUUUUGUACCUAAUAGAAAUGAAUGGUAAAUAACGUAUUGUGUCAUUUUGGAGUCACUUUUAUUGUAAAUAAGAAUAUAAUAUGUUUCGGAACAGUUCUACAUUAAUGUGGAUGCUACCAUGAUUAUGGAAAUCUUCAUUGUAAUUAAUCGUAAAUAAUGAUGAAUGAGAGUUACAGAAGAACAAAUAUCAUACCCCCCAAGACAUGCUAACCUCUGACCAUUACAAUAACAGGGCAGGUUAGCAUUUUUUGGGGGGGUAUGAUAUUUAUGCCUCUAACUUUCUCAAUAAUCAUUAUUUACGAUUCAUUCAGGAUUAUCUGUAAUCAUGGUAGCAUCCACAUCAAUGUAGAAGUGUUUAGAAACAAUAAUAAUGACUCCAAAAUGACACAAUACAUUGUUUACCAUUCAUUUCUAUUGAAGCACAACCAAAACAAACUGCAAAUGCAUCCAACAAGUUUGUAGAGUCACAAGCUAGAUGUAGUUAGUCAUUCAGUGCUAGGAAUAUUGUACCAAAUACUAAACUGCUGAUACACAUAUAAGUGAAUUUGUCCAAAUACAUUGGUUCCCUAAAAGGGAGGGACUAUGUACAAAAAGUGGUGUAAUUUCUAAACGGUUCACCCAAAACAUUUAUAAUAAUCAAAUAAAAAAAACUGAUAGCCUAAACUGCACUUUAACCUCAUAGUCAAUGUAUCAUUUCAAAUCCAAAGUGCUGGAGUACAGAGCCAAAACAACAAAACUGUGUCACUGUCCAAACACUUCUAGGCAAAUACUGACACUGUGGACCUGACAACAACCUCUCUGUUGGGAUUGGAGUUACUGAGGACACGGGACAUUCCUGAGGCUAUAUGUGAAAAAUACCUACCAUUAUAGAAAGCAAGGUAGCACAUAGUGAAUGUAUUCUUAAUUCCAUGCAAUGCCAAAAACCACAAGCUGUGUAUAAACAAAACAUACUUUGAUAUGGAACAGGUGUGUGUUACAGAAAGAACUUGCAUUGAUGGGCUUUACAGUAAUCACAUGUAUUGUCUUAAAUUGUUUUGAAUUUAAGCUGUAAAAAAGAGCAAUACUCUCUUGGUGAUCAAGCCUAUAUGAUUAAGACUAGGAACCGUGGAAUGAUAAGCAUUUGACACACAUGCUCACAGAGGCUGGCUUUAUGUGCUAAGGCCCCUUGAGACCUUCUAAUCGGUUAUGUAGUGCAUAGCCAGAUAUCAGUCUGCAUAUUUCCUGACCAAAGCCAGCUGCUUUGUUAGUAUUUCUUAACUGUAUAAAGCACACAAAUCUGUCCACUGGAAAUGCUGUUGUUGUAUGCAGACAGAGCCUUAAGUCAGUGUGAAUAAAAGUAUAUUUUUGAUAACGCA